UCUUCACUUAACUACAUGUUAACCAUGUACUGUGUGAACAUUUUAGCGUUGUUCUUAUUUUUCAGCUCAACACUGGGCUCAUACCCACAGUAUGACCUAGAUAAAGCUGAUGAAUUAUUCGCUGAUUUUAUAAAAAAAUACGAAAGAAAAUACGUAAGUGCCGAAGAGUUCCGCAUGCGUUUUGAAAUAUUUAAGAGAAACUUGGUAAAACUUAACGAAUGGAACGCAAACAGUCAAUAUGAAAACAGUGGGUUUAUAAUCAAUCAAUUUGCGGACCAAGAAAAUACUCCACCAUGUGUUGAUCCAUCCAAAAUGAACAAUACAAUGCCAUUAACAGAGGUGAAAAGGGAAUUUAUCGUAAAUGCGCCAGAUGAGCUUGACUACAGUACGCAGGGAUUGGUAACAGAAAUAAAAGAUCAAAACCCUUGUGGAUCCUGCUACAUUUUUGCCGCUAUUGGAAAUAUUGAAGGCGUGCACGCCAAACAGACGGGCCAACUAGUGUCACUCUCAGAGCAGCAAAUUCUAGAUUGCAUGAGUUCGGCAACUUGUCAUGGUGGUCACGCCUAUGAAGUCAUAAAUUACGUAGCAAGUAACCAAGGAUCCAUGUCCGAGGCAGAUUAUCCAUAUAUCGAAAAAGAUAAAACGACCUGUCGCUUUGACGCCAGCAAAGUCAAAGUCAAAGUAAAUGCUGCUCAAUCUUUUAAUACGCCCGAUGAUGAAUCAUUAAAAGGAGCUCUCGUCCAGAAUGGCUCACCCCUUGCAGUUAGUAAGUAAACCAAACGAAUUUAUUUUAUUUAUACAUUC